AUGAUAUGCAUUGACAUGGAGCCGUUUCGUAUUGUAGAACGAGAAGGGUUCAAGCAAUUUGUAUCGGUCGCUGUUUUGGGCUACAAGUUGCCGUCUCGUGACGACCUGCGAGAGAAGUUGCUACCCUCGAAGGUGUCUGCUCUUCAAAGCAAAAUAUCGGCCUCUUUGUCGGGAGCAGAGCACGUGUGCAUUUCUCUCGACGUGUGGACGUCUCCGACUAUGGAAGGCUACCUAGGAGUCGAAGCCACAUUCGUCGACAAUGACUUUACGGCUCACACAUUCCUCCUUACCUUCACUCGACUGACGGGCAGCCACACAGCUGCUCGCAUUCGUUCUGAGUAUGACGCAGCGCUUGUCCAGUGGAACAUAUCAGACAAGGUGCUUCUUGUGGUAACAGAUAAUGCAUCAUCAAUGAUAAAGGCCUUUGCUUUUCCUGGUUGGGGAACGGAAGCAGACGAAGACGCUGACAUCCUCGGCGAGCGCCCGGAGAGCUUAGCCAAGGAGCUUUUAAGCGAAUUUCAUAAGCUGGAGCAAUUCCGAUUUGGUUGCGCCGCCCACAAUCUGCAGCUUGCCGUAAAGGACUCUAUCCGGCAGCUGGGAAUGAUGAGAAAGCUCGCUAGCACUUUUGCCGAUCACUCAGAACUUGCCGACACGUUGCACGCGUGCAAGAAAACAAAACUCUCAACGUACGAACUCAGGCUCAUCACGGACUUGAUAGAGCUGCUUUCACCAGUAGAGGAGGCAUCUGAACUCCUCCAGAAGAGGCAUGAAACGGCCGGACUGCUGCUUCCAGCAUUGAGAAACAUUGACGUUUCCAUCGCUGGAAUCCUCAGCAAAGCCACAUUUCUUUGUAGAGAUAUGGCUAAUGGCUUAAAAGCAAGCAUUCAGAAGCGCUUCGCCGGCGCGUGGAGUGACUCGAUUUUUUUAAUGGCUACACUCCUAGACCCAAGAUUCAAGUCGUCUUGGUGCCCAGCCGCAACCGCUGAGGAGAUGCAUUCUGCUGUGCUUGGAAGGGGGCCCCUCUUGCUAGGUCAUGGCAGCACUAGCAGCGUCCCGACUGUAGACCCCGAGCCCGGGUCUAUUGGAGGAGAGGUUUCACUCUACCUUGCAGAAGGCACUUGUGGAGACGCGAUUACACCUCUUAAGUUUUGGAAAGCCAACGCUGCCCGUUUUCCCCUGCUCGCACGGGUUGCAAGAGCAGUGUUUUCAGUGAAUGCUACGUCAGCUGACGUAGAACGCGUAUUUUCGACGGCGUCGCUCAUAAUGACAGCGAAGCGAAACCGGCUGUCUAGUACCUCGUUCGAACAACUGAUGUUUAUGAAGAGGAACGUAUAG